GGAUGUCGGCUUCGGCCAGUCGGGAGCAUGUCGGGAGUAUUCGUUUUCGUUCAGUCAUUCCGAUAACGGAUAAAGAACGAUAUCGGGCUAGAGUUAUUAUCGGAAAUCUACCUUCCUUAUAGAAUCUAUUACUCUAGCCAACAAACUACACAGUCUGGAAACGUUCUUCGAGUCGUGCAGAAAAUAGCAGAGUACAUACAUCUCUGCGCAAACUGGUAAACGACUUGGUUGAUUGAAAACAAGAAGAUGUCGCUGGACGAUCAAUUCAACAAAGCUGUAGAGGAUGUGAAGGAAUUGGCUUCUACGCCUUCUGAUGCUGAUCUCUUGGAGAUUUAUGCUUUAUACAAACAGGCUACUGUCGGUGAUUGUAAUACAGCAAGACCAGGAAUGUUGGAUUUCAAAGGAAAAGCGAAGUGGGACGCUUGGAACGGUAAGAAGGGUCUAAGCCAAGACGACGCUAAACAGCAAUACGUAGACAAGGUCGAAGCACUGACCCAGUCCAUUGGAAAGAAGUAAUCGAAUCGCACUUGUUUAUUUUGGUGCAAUAUUGUCUUUCUAAAUCCGCCUUUGCAAGCCUUGCACAAACAACGCACUUCUACACGAGAUAAAGAAUGGCGAUAUACCGAGUCAUGGCCUUCAAUCAUGAUCUAUACAAUUUUGUUACUUCUUAGCUUUUAUAUUAUAAUUUAUAUCUAUAAACGUACAUCACAAAAUAUUACAUCACACAAGAUUGCAGACUAGGGAAUUGAUUAAAAAUAAAAACGUUAGUGAAUCAUAA